CCAUGCCAGGCUGAUUACAGCACCCAAAAACAAAUCUGAUGGUGAGCUACAUUCCUGGGGGCUAUGGUAGGCGAGCCCGGGGUUAACCUUGCAAGUGUCAGACAGUCAGCCUUACCAGUGCCGCCCCCACGGGCCAUAAGUUCCAGUACGUAAAUUACAAGAAAGUGUAGUGGCUAUGUCUCCUACCGCCCUCUGUAUUACCACGGCAGAACAAAAGCGGAGGAUUAUUUUCCUGCACAAGGAUAAACCAUCUUUGAAGCGGGGUCUCUCGGAUCGUAGCUCAAAGGGGAAAUCGGGAGUCGAUUUAUUCCGGACUAACGAGGUCUAUAUGGAGAGGACUAGUUUAACGGAAGAGGUAUAUUGCCUAUCGAACGUAUGUGCGCAUACGCAGCUGAUUGAGUGCUUAAUCUACAAUAUGUGUGCACACGUCGACUAUAAGAAUCCUGACCUCGCUACUCGGGUCAACCAUUUAUCCGAUCGAUCCUUAUCAUCAGUAUCUCAGGCGACCCACAACGAUCACACGUGAUCAAAAAUUGAGCUAACCCGAUUGGGAUGAUGCUUAUUCAUCCCUUUUUGUGUGCCUCCAGGUUCAGGAAUUCUAUUUCUGGUUUAGCCUGGAUCACGUGGGCCCCACGUGACGGCAUCUACGGUCUGAGAUACUUGAUGAGGAUCGAUCG